UCGCAUUUUCUAUCUGUCUUCUGUCAAGACCUACUCCAUAAAUAUUCUGUUUUAAAUUGCUAGAUGUGUCUGUCCCGAGUGUGACUGUUUUCACACCAAUCUCACGUGUUUACCAACAUUUCUAUCGACUGAGCGUUAUGAAAUCAACACAUUCGAAGCAAUAUUACAGGUGACUCCCACGUUUGCUGCAUUUUGUAGGUAAACAGUGAAGUGAGACACUGACUGGUUAGUUGUGUUGUUGAAAAAGUGCUGUGAAGUGAGUGAAUCACCAUGUCCACAUCAUAUACGAUGACUUCCGAGAGAGAUGCAUGGGCUCUUCUGGCUUUGAAAUCGGCCCCCGCUAGUCCUUCGAAAGUGCAGUGGAGCCCCGACGACAAUGGUGAACCGAUAGCUCGAAUAGAAGGUCGCGAAAUUGAAUAUCUGGUACGCCAGAGUCGGAUAAUUAUAGGUAGAAACAGUUCACGUGGUGUUGUAGAUGUAAAUAUGGGACGUUCUAGUUUUAUCUCGCGAAGGCAUUUAGAGGUUUUUUUCGAACAUCCUUCGUUUUAUAUGUUGUGUAACGGGAAAAACGGCAUCUUCGUGGAUGGUGUGUUUCAGAGGAAAGGAGCCCCCUCGAUCCGGUUACCCAAAUCAUGCACUUUUAGGUUUCCCAGUACAAACAUUAGACUGUCUUUCCAAUCGCUGAUAGACGAUAAUUCGGAGCCACCCCCCGUACGCGAUGUGUCUCCUGUGAGGAUGAGGGAUCGGUCUGGCGGCGGAACUUCCUCAUCUACCAACCCCCUUAGGAUUAAUAUUCCUGAUGGUGAAUAUGCUAGCCCUUUUCCAUCACCCACCGGCACCAUCAGUGCUGCCAAUAGCUGCCCUGCGAGUCCAAGAGGUGGCCAUAGCGGACAUACUGGAAACCACGGAAAGAGGAAUGUUCAAGCUGAUCUAACGAUGGCAGCGAGGUAUGCUGCCGAAGUAGCCUAUAGAGACGACAGUCAUUCGAUUCCUCGUAGUCACAGUCCAGAUUAUAAGCAAUCAACUUCCAAUGGAAAUUCAAUACAACCCGUAGUGAUGAGUGAUGCAGGGGCUUAUAUGCCUAGUAGCAGUAGUAGCAAUAAAGAUGAUUCGAAGCCUCCAUUCUCUUAUGCGCAGCUUAUAGUACAAGCGAUCGCAAGAAGUUCACCGGACAAGCAGCUUACCCUGUCUGGAAUAUAUAGUUACAUAACGAAACACUAUCCGUAUUACCGUACCGCUGACAAGGGUUGGCAGAACUCAAUCAGACAUAACCUCAGUCUCAAUAGAUAUUUCAUCAAGGUUCCAAGAAGUCAAGAAGAACCCGGUAAGGGUUCAUUUUGGAGGAUUGAUCCACAAUCCGAGUCAAAACUGAUUGAACAGGCAUUUAGGCGGAGAAGGCAGAGAGGAGUUUCCUGUUUUAGGGCUCCAUUCGGUUUGAGUUCCAGAAGUGCUCCAGCGUCGCCUUCCCACGUCAACAUGAAUGAUAUGAUGACGCCCGAGUCUCUCUCUAGAGAAGGCUCCCCGAUUAUGGAGCACAUGGUGGAUAUCAGCCAGUCAGCUCCAGGAAGUCCGGGAAGUCAAGCUUCCGCAUAUCCCGGAUCAGGUGGCAUGAUCGGCCAUCAGCAAAUGUCUGCUUUAGUGGGAGCGACAAAGGCUAGACUUCUUCUACCACCUCCACUGGAGAGUAUGGAACAAAGUUCCAGCUCUAACGGACAAGAAUAUAGGGAAGAAAAAUAUAUAAUUCCUACUAUGGAAGAAAGAUCCUUAUCACCCGGUGCAUUUUCUCCACAACCAGUCAUUGUUCAAACAGCAAAUUAUUCACCUUACAGGUAAGAACACUCAUUUCUG